AUGGGAGGGGACGAACGAGCUGGAAUGGAGGGCAGGGGCGGAGCGGAGUCGCGCUCGCGGAUGCAGGCGCGGAGAUGCAGAGUCACGGACACGGCGGUGUCGCAGAUGCGGGGGCAGAGUCGCGGACGGCGGGACGUGGUGUCACGGACGCGGGACGCUGGGGUGGAGUCGCGGACGCCGGGAGCCCGUGACGCGGAGUCACAGUGCAGGUAUUUGAUUGUUAUUGAUGAUGUCGAUGACAUCGAGGAGGGACAGUGGGAUACUAUAACAUCAGCAUUUGAAGGAAAUGGUGAAGGCAGCAGAAUUAUGGUGACCACAACCUUUCGGCCUACCGCUAAUAGACGAAGUGAUACUAAUGGUUGUGUGUACAAAAUGAGAACUCUUGGAAUGAAGGAUUCUAUGACAAUUGCUCUUCGUGGAAGAAGUGCAGCUGAGUUGGUGCAGGGUUCGGAGACACUUUUGAAGAAAUGUGAUGGCCUUCCGCUUGCUCUUGUCAGUGUGGCCAGCAAGCCGGGUUCUUAUCUUGAGCGAGAAGAUGGUGAGCCUAACUUUGCAAGGCUCCGUGAUGUGCUUAUAGAGAAUUAUACCAGUCUGUCUGACCUUACUGUCAGGACAUGUUUGCUAUAUCUUGGUAUAUUCCCAAUCGACCGCCCUCUCAGGAAGAACGUCAUAAUCAGGCGAUGGAUGGCUGAAGGAUAUGCAAGAAGCGAAGACAUUACAUUGAGUGAACAGAGUGUAGCAAAUGGAAAUUUGAAGACAUUCAUUGACCGGAAUAUUAUCCUUCCUGUUAAAAUAAGUAAAAAUGCAGAGGUGAAAACAUGCAAAGCGCAUGCCAUCAUACAUGAAUUCCUGUUGCAUAGGUCCAUGUGUGAGAAAUUCAUCAUGUGCUCUUCAAGGGACAAAAUAGUUCGUCACAUCUUUGUCCAUGGUGAUGUUGGUAGUGACACAAAUUCCACAGAAACCUGGAACAUGGACUUAUCUCGUGUACGGUCUCUGACAGUUCGUCGUAGUGCAGGUUGUUCUAUUUCUGAUUUUGGCAAGUAUAAACUGAUCAGAGUGUUGGAUCUUGAAGAAUGCACUGACAUGAAAGAUAGCCAUCUCAAGAAGAUAUGCAAGCUGUGGAAUCUGAGAUACCUAAGUCUUAGCCACGAUAUUACAAGGCUUCCAAAGGAAAUUGCAAAGCUCAAACUUUUGGAGACACUUGCUCUGAGCAAAACGGUGGUGACUACGUUGCCUGUGGAAGUCAUAGGGCUGCCCUGUUUAACUAAUCUCAUUGGAAAAAACAGUAAGAUGGAGACCCUGGCAGGAUUGGUUGUCGAUACAGGGCAGUUACAAGGAUUGCUGCAUCUCACGCUCCAUAUGAAGAACCUGAGAAAAGUUAAGAUUUGGUUUGAGUCAACAGAAGUCAUAGACGACUUCAGUGAUUUCAAUAAUGAUCUGGUGAAGGCCAUUCGCCAGUACACCAGAGCUCCUUUGGGUGCUGGAUGUGUUCGUUCCAUGUCAAUUGACUUUCAGGGACUGCCUGAUGGAACCCUGCAUGCUCUGCAAGAUCUGUACAAUGAAAGCAUGUCACUACAAGAAAAAUAUUACCUCAGCUCGCUGAAACUAUAUGGCGACCUAUCAACAUCGCACGAGUUUGUUGCCAUAGUUUCAGGUCUCACUAAGCUCUGCCUUUCGUCUGCCACUAUGGCACGUGGUCUGCUGUUAUCCUUGAGUGCAAUGCCCUUUUUGCUUUACCUCACACUGAUCACUGAUGAGAUUAAGGAUUUCAUCAUUACAGCUGGGGCAUUCCAAAGUCUGAGACGAUUGCGCUUUGUUUUGCAACAUCAGAACCCAGUGCUCCCAAAAAUCGAAGAGGGCGCUCUGCCGGAACUUGUCUCACUUCAGGUCCCCUCUAUGAAUUUAGCUGCCCCUUCCGGAAUUGAAAUUAGACACCUCAGAAUGCUCCAGGAAAUUGAACUUCAUCCUAAACUCAGUAAGCACACAAGACAAGAAUGGGAAGCAGCAGCAUGGAACCACCCUAACAGGCCGAAUGUUUUGCCUUUCAUUAGUAUUGAUGAUCUUGUGGUUGAUGGUCCUACAGACAAUCUGGUUGUUUCACCAAAGAAAUCAGGACUUGAGGAGGUUGUCAUCCAAGGCCAGCUACUGAACAAUUCAGGACCAUGUGUCGGUGACAUCCCCCUUUCCACCUGCAACAAUUCUGGACUCGGCAAUGAAAUGGAUUUUCUUCCAAACCAUGUGACUUUGGAGAAUCCAAUAAGUAUUCAAGAGCGUCCAGCAAUGGAGGCAUCAAAGGAUUCUCUAUUGCUGACGGAUCAACAAGGAAAGCACACUUCUACUGAGUUGGGACACGCCAGUUCCUGUUAUAAUUCAGCCAUCCUGCUCAAUACUAGCAACUGUGCACUUCAAUUGCAUGCAAAUGGGCUGGUGAAUGAUGAUUUGCGGUAA